AUUAAUGGAAGAAGAUAAAUUUUUUUAGUGAGGUCCACCAUUGUACCUUGGACGCGAUAAGCUUAAGUGGGGAAAAAAGUUAAUAAUUAAAAAAUAGGAAGCAAAGUAAGAACCCAUAAAUAUUGCUGAUCACCAAUAAGUAUUCUAUGAUCCAUGGAAGAGAUAGAGCGGAUAAAUAUUGCGGGUAAAUUGUUUGUGUUGGGUAGGUAUUUGUGAACUUAUCCCGGAAAUAUAAGGGCUCAAGAGCCAGUACUUUAUUCACAAGGAAAAAAUAGCAAUUACAACAACCCAUUUGGAUCCCAAUUCAAAACCACCAGAUCAACCCGAACAUUAGAAGUCCAACCCGCCUUUAAACCCAUCUUCUUCCCAUCACCUAAGAAACUUCAAUUUGCUUAUGCAAUUAAGGGAUCUUUUGAUUGCUGUGCCCAACUAGUGAAGAUCAGUCAAUGCAUAUCAAAGGUUGAUCUUGGUGCAUGAUCUAGCACUAGGUCAGAGGGUUGAUAUGGAAGCUGUGAACGGUAAACAAGUGGGCCAUCUAUUUGAUAAUAUUAGCAGCUUUUUUCGCCAAUGUAUAUUUUCUGUGCUUUCUGUGGGUCCUGUUCCUAGUCAUAUUGCUUUCAUUAUGGAUGGAAACCGUAGAUAUUCUAAGAAACAGAACUUGCUAGAUGGGGAUGGACAUAGGGCUGGAUUUUCAGCUCUUAUCAACAUGCUAAAAUAUUGUUACGAGCUUGGUGUAAAAUAUAUAACGGUUUAUGCCUUCAGCAUUGACAACUUCAGACGAAGACCUGAAGAAGUUGAAUCCCUAAUGAAACUGAUGCAGGAAAAAAUUGAUGAAUUAAUUAAAGAGGAGAGCAUUGCAAACCACCUUGGCAUUAGGAUUUACUUUCAAGGAAACCUAAAACUUCUGAGCGACCCUGUCAGGUCAGCGGCUGAGAGGGCUAUGGUAAAGACAGCAGGUCAUUCAAAAGCUGUAUUAUCUGUUUGUGUUGCCUACACUUCAACAGAUGAGAUUGUGCAUGCUGUUCAAGAAUCUUGUGAAGAAAAAUGGGAUGAGAUUAGAAAACGAGAUGCAAAUAAUGCUGGAGGCAAUUUAAUUGGACUCGAAGAAAAUGGGAAGGACAAGGAUGACCAUCUUAUUGGUGUAACAAAUGUUGACAGACAUAUGUACAUGGCAGUUGUUCCUGAUCCAGACAUUAUUAUACGGACUUCUGGAGAGUCUCGGUUAAGCAACUUUCUUUUGUGGCAGAGUGCAAAUUGUCUUCUUUAUUCUCCCACUGCACUAUGGCCUGAGAUAGGUUUGAGGCAUUUGGUUUGGGUAGUUUUAGACUUCCAGAGAAACUACUUGUAUUUGAAGGAGAAGAAGAAGCAGGCAUGAAUUAGAAGUAAAAGUUCUUUAGCAACUUUUAAUCAUGCUGCGAUUUUGUGUUGCAGCUCCAUUUGUUUAAUGGAGUUUUAGUCUACUAAAUAUGUAAGCAUGGAUUAGGACUGCUCUUUAUCGCUCUUUCUCUCUAGAUAUAGUCAGUAACUUGUCAUUUGGUGGUAGAAAAAUCAAAUACAGUAUGUAGUGAAAGGCUGAAAGCUAUAUGGGAUACACCUUGAUAGCAAGCAUAUUGUAGUUUGGGCACUGAGCUCUGGGCUUGGAAAUUGUUGUAUCAAUAAGAAGUUAAUUAUCACGGAUCAAAUGUUUUACCCACUUGUAGCCUGUAGGUUUUGGAUUCUUAGGGACCAUUUAAGUGUUCCCAACUCAGAUGAAUGGAUUCAGCUAAGUUUGAUUAGAGCUUGAUCCAAAGUAAUUUUUUGUUUCCUCUAUAUAUGCAGCUUCCAGGUUGCCUCAUAGCAGAAGAUAUCAGGGGUUGGGCCUUUAGCAUUGUAUCAUUUAACAAAGCCAAUAAAUAGCAGUUGAGAUGAAUUUUUGAA